CGCCUGCAAGCAGGGCCAGCUCGGGCUGCCCGCCCACGCGCAGGCCGCGGCGAGCAGGGGCGCCUCGGCGCGGGACGCGGGCAUCUUCUCCGAGGAUUACGCGCGCUUCCCGGGCGGCGGCAUGCGCGCCAAGGGCCUGGCGACGCUCAUCGAGCGCUUCGAGGCGGGCAAGUUCCCCGAGGCCAAGCCCAUGGACAGCCUCACCAACAAGUGCAACAACAUGUGCCCCUCGAAAGAGCGCGUCAGGGACGGCCUGGCGUGGUGAGCGCCAGUUCCGUGCGAGCUGGCUCGCUCCCACUGAGUUGCUGCGACGCCUUGCUUCCGCCCUUCUGCGCGCGCGGGGCGCCCCGUUGGCGCGGUCUCCCGCCGACCCCCGGGGGGCCGCGCGGUGGCCCGCGGAUCGCG